ACAGGCAGCUUCUCGCCAGACACAGAAAAGCCUAGGAACCAUCAGCUCAAGUGAUGUAACUCUAUACGGAGAGAAAAGGGUGUGGACAAAUGCGCAAAGCAGUCCGGUCUAGACUAAUGAAUUACCGUAGUAAGUAAUGGAAAGUUUGCGUUCUGCGUUAAAGUAGUUGAUGUGGACUGAAGAAGGAAACGGGACAUAAAAUGGAACAGAAGGAAUAUGAAGAGAUAUCAGAACCGGGAGCAGCUCCGUAUGGCAAUUUCAUUAAUUAUUAUACGUUCAAUCCUCCCGAGAAGCGAGUCAGUCUCAUUCCAGAACAGUUGUUACAUCAACUUUUCGGGGGAAGGGAGCAUGAAAGGCAGCUGUUAGGGCUUGAUGUGGGCUGCAAUUCCGGGGACUUGACUGUUGCCCUGUACAGACAUCUUAUUGGUUUAAAUCAGAAUGUGAAGAAUGAAAUGGGUUAUGCAAAUGGGAUUGAAAUGAGCCUUCUUGGUUGUGAUAUUGAUUCCAGACUAAUCCAGAGAGCCACAGAGUCCAACCCAUUUCCUGCUGGUAUUUCCUAUUCGGUAUUAAACAUUAUGGAUGCUUCAUCAAGAAAAAGUAUCUUGGAAGCUUACCUAAGCCAGUACAAGCGUUCACAUUUUGACGUUUGUUUUUGCAUGUCAUUAACUAUGUGGAUCCAUCUAAAUCAUGGUGACAGCGGGCUGCUAGAAUUUCUGUCUGUUGUUUCUGGUCUCUGUAAUAUUCUUCUGGUUGAGCCUCAGCCGUGGAAGUGCUAUAGAUCAGCUGCUCGCAGGUUACGGAAACUAGGCAAGAGUACUUUUGACCACUUCAAAACCCUUGCAAUAAAAGGGGACAUUGCAGAUAAAAUCACUCACUUCCUAACAACAGCCUGUGAUAUGGAACUUCUUGAAAUUCUUGGCAAUACUUGCUGGGACAGAAGUUUGUUGCUGUUUAGAAAGCGUAUUUCAACAAAACCUUUUUGUGUUGCAGAUGAACAAAGCUGAUCAGUGCUGCUAAUUUGAGAAGAAACUGAUUGUUCAGUGACCCCAGACAAACUUGGUGGUUUUACUUAUUUUCCUUUCAGUCUUUCUGUUGUAUACUUUCUUGUUUAAAGCACAUAUGUAUGAUA